AUGAUAAGUGUAAGCAUUCUUGAUUCUAAUCUUUUAAAUAUAGAAAAAUCUCUUACUGAGCUAAAAAAUAAUAAUAUAAAUCAUUUACAUUUAGACAUUCUUGAUACUUCUCUAGUACCUAAUAUUUCAUUUGGUCCUAAUAUUAUUAACCAAAUACUUAAAUAUGAUUUUAUAUUUGAUGUACACUUAAUGGUAAAAGAUCCUAUUACUAUCCUUCAACUUUUAGACUUAGAAAAAAUUGAUAUUGUCUUUAUUCAUUACGAAAUAAAUAACAUGUUACAUGUAGUGGAAUUUCUUGUAAAAAACAAUAAAAAAAUAGGACUUACAAUAAGCCCUAAUAUUUCAGUUAAAACCAUUUUCUCACUUCCUGAAAGAAUCUUACAAAAUGUUAAUACAAUUCUUAUAAUGACUGUACAUCCAGGAUUUGGAAAUCAAAAAUUUAUAAACGAAUGUGCAGAAAAAAUAAAAAUGAUUGAUAAAAAAAGAUACAGUGUUGCAGUAGAUGGGGGUAUUUCAAUAAAUACAAUACGAAAUGUAAAAGGGUACGAUAAAAUUGUAAUAGGAUCAGCCUAUUUUAAGGCAGAGAAUAAAAAAGUAUUUUUAAAUGAGAUCGAAGAAAUUUUAAAGAAAUAA